UUUGUGUAGAAAUCUCAGGGAAGUUGGAUAGGCAGAAGAGAGGAUCUCUUCAUUGUUCAGGAUCAAAAUGUAUAGGCCAGCACGGGUGCCGUCAACCUCAAGAUUCCUGAAUCCCUAUGUAGUGUGUCUUGUUGUUGUGGCGGGGGUGGUAAUCUUGGCGGUAACCGUAGCCCUACUCAUCUACUUUUUAGCUUUUGAUCAAAAGUCUUACUUUUACCAUAGCAGCUUUAAAAUCCUAAAUGUCAAAUAUAGUAAUCAGUUAAAUUCACCAGGUACACAGGAAUAUAGGGCUUUGAGUGGAAGAAUUGAAUCUAUGAUUACUAAAACGUUCAAAGAAUCAAAUUUAAGAAGUCAGUUCAUCAGAGCUCAUGUUGUCAAACUGAGGCAGGAGGGUAAUGGUGUGAUAGCAGAUGUUGUCAUGAAAUUUAAAUUCACUAGAAAUAACAAUGGAGCAUCAAUGAAAAGCAGAAUUGAGUCUGUUUUACACCAAAUUCUGAAUAACUCUGGAAACUUGGAAAUAAACCCUUCGACUGAGAUAACAUCACUUACUGACCAGGAUACAGUAAAUAUUUUCACUGAAGGCUGUGGGGCCCGUCCAGACCUAAUAACUUUGUCUGAGGAGAGGAUCACAGGAGGCACUCAGGCUGAGGAAGGAGACUGGCCAUGGCAAGUCAGUCUACAGGUGAAUAAUGUUCACCACUGUGGCGGCAUCCUGAUCAGCAGCAUGUGGAUCCUGACAGCAGCUCACUGCUUCAGAAGCCAAUCUAAUCCUCGUGUAUGGACUGCCACCUUUGGUGUUUCGAUAACAUUUCCUAAACAGAGAAGAAGAGUAAGGACUAUUUUAAUCCAUAACAAUUAUAACCCUGCAACUCAUGAAAAUGAUAUUGCAGCUAUGCAACUUGAUGGAGGCAUCAAUUUUACCAAAGAUAUCCAUAGGGUGUGUCUCCCAGAGGCUACCCAGAAUAUUCCACCUGGUUCUUCUGCUUAUGUGACAGGAUGGGGAUCUUCAGAAUUUGGUGGGAACACGGUUUCAGAUCUACGGCAAGCACGGGUCAGAAUAAUAAGUAAUGAUGUAUGUAAUGCACCAAUUAGUUAUAAUGGAGCCGUCUCGCCUGGAAUGCUAUGUGCGGGUCUACCUCAAGGUGGAGUGGAUGCAUGCCGGGGUGACUCUGGUGGCCCACUCGUUCAAGAGGACUCACGGCGGCUUUGGUUCCUCGUGGGGAUAGUAAGCUGGGGGGAUCAAUGCGGUCUGCCAGAUAAGCCAGGAGUGUAUACCCGAGUGACAGCCUAUCGUGACUGGAUAACUGAAAAAACUGGGGUCUAGUGCAAUGAAUGCAUCUCUGUGGCAAAGUGUGUGUGCCGGUGUAUAUCUAAAAUUCCAAAACUUUCCUUUUCAGGAGGAAAAGAGACUAAAAGUGCCCUGUUUUAAUAUCCUGUUCCAUAAUAUGGUUUCACAAACACUAUCUGUUCUUUAUUACACAGAUCCUAUGUUUUCUCAAGAAAGCUGUAUGAAUAAUGCAUUGUAUCAGGGCUGUGGGGCAGGGGAAACACGUAAGUAAGCUAGUUACAGAGGGAACAGUUUUACUGCAGUUGUGAUAAGAGACAGUAAUGAGAAAAACAGGUACCCUGAGAGUGGGCUUCAGAGGAAUCUGGACAAAUCCGCAGGGUCAGAGGAGUCUUCUCUAAAAAGUCUCACUGAAAUUGGGCAAAGUAUAGAAAUUCACGAAGGAAGAAGUGGCAGAGUAACAUUCAAGACAGAAAGAAUAGCACAAGGCAAGAAAAAUAGUAUUUAUUUGAAAUUUCUGGCUAUGCAAUACUUUAUAGGUGGUAUUAGUCUGAGAAUUAAAUAUGUGAAGUCAUUGUACAAUCCUACAGCCAUCUUAAUUAUCCUAUAAAAACACACUCCCAUAGAACUGAUGAAUAUCAGACAUUUAAGAUUAAAGGUAAAGCAGUCACUCCUCAACUGAGACCCAAUGAAUUAUAACUUUAUGAUGGCUUGUAUUAAAAAUCUCCUUAAUCUCUAUGAGAGAAUGUAUUUCCUCCAUAAACUGAUGAAAUACACCUACACAACCUUCUCAGCUAACUUACAACUACACAGUGCUUUUGAACAACUCAAUACGAGUCAUAAAUACUCCUAUUGAACAACUAAAUAUCAACUAAAUAGGAGUAAUCGUAAGAACUAAAGAUCACCCAGGGGGCGUCAUUUUUGAGAAUUUAAGGAUCCUCAAUAGCUAAAUACAAGUAAUGAAUUUUGUCAUAUGGGAAGAGUUGUUUUGCGAAGAGAAAGGUUAAAUGGUAUAAUUUUAAUAGAAUUAUCUUAGAAAAGGAACUUUUCCCUCUCUUCCUAUUUCUCCUUUUCUCUCCCCUACACACACAUCACCAAAGAACGUAAAUAAAAUCCAUUAAAAUUCAAUGGCACAGCAAUUUAUGCAGUCUGAAUAAUGAAUGUAACUGAAUUUUUAUGGGAUCCUCGCAUUAACUAAAGCUGGGUUACGCAUGUGUCAGGACUACUCCCUUCUGAAAGCUAACACAACACCUGGGUAUCAGAACUCAACGUGCGUUGUGAUGCAAACUUCUUGUAUUUCCUCAUGAAAAUUGUGAACAGAACUAUAAUGAAGUGAUGUACUUUUGAGGAAAAGAAGUUGAAAAUUUAACCAACUUGAUGAA